UUUUUUACCAUCUUUGACAGAACUUUCUAUUCGUACCAUCUACUCAAACCCAAAACCAAGACGUAUAUUACCAUGCCUCUUUCAGAUGAGACUAAAGACCGAUACAAUGCUGUCCUUGGGAUUGCCAAGACUGUUUUCAGCGUUGGCUGGAUCCCCUUGAUCAUCUACAUCGGAUACAGGAACUCCUCUCCCCAGCCAUCCCUCAUCAAGCUCAUUACCCCCUUAGCAUAAUCGUAGGGUAGCUAUAAGGAAAAAGGUUCAGUAGUUGGCGCCUCUUUAGUUUCAAGUGUAUUAUUGUAUCACACUGCUCAUGCAUUACUAUUGAACUAACGCCGUACCUUGCGCUGUUUACAUUGCAUGCUGUUG